CUCUCGGGCCCAAAGAUAAAUCCUCAAAAACCCUAAUUUCACUGCUGUGCAUUUUUUCCCGGGGCAUACUGCAAUCGGAGACUGUUGUAUCUGUAAAGCGAAAAGAAAUCAGAAAAGAUGGGAAUAAAGAGAAAGAAGAGCGAAAGCGAAGCAAUGGAAGAUUACGACGACGAUGUAGUGGUAGACAGAAAGGAGAAGAAGAAGAUGAAGAAAAUGGAGAAGGAGAAGGAGAAAAAGAAAGAAAUACUCCCAUCAAUGAUAAAAAACAAGGAGAAGAGGUCUGCCGUACACGCUAAACUCAAGCAGCAAAAGAAAGUCGAGAAGCGGAAGAAGCUUAAAGCCCGAGACGCCGAAGAGAAGCGCGCUCUCGAGCUCGGCGAGGAGCCUCCUCCCAGGAAGAUUCCACGCACCAUUGAGAAUACUAGAGAGUUUGACGAGACUGUAUGCAAGCCCGACGACGAGCUAUUCGCUGGUAAUGAUGCUGAUGAAUUUAGCUCCGUUUUAAAACGUGAUCGGAUUCCGAAGAUAUUGAUCACCACUUCCCGUUUCAAUUCUACUAGGGGACCAGCUUUUAUAUCAGAACUACUUGAGGUGAUCCCAAAUGCACAUUAUUACAAGAGAGGAACUUAUGACUUGAAAAAGAUUGUAGAAUAUGCAAAGAAGCAGGAUUUUACUUCUCUUAUAGUUGUUCACACCAACCGCAGGGAGCCAGAUGGUCUCUUGAUCAUUGGCUUGCCUGACGGACCUACUGCCCAUUUCAAGCUAUCACGGCUUGUUCUACGCAAGGAUAUCAAGAGUCACGGAAAUCCCACCAGUCAUGAGCCCGAGCUGGUCUUGACUAACUUCACAACUUGUCUGGGUCAUCGUAUUGGGAGACUAAUACAGUCACUUUUCCCACAAGAACCAAAUUUCCGCGGUCGGAGAGUUGUUACCUUUCAUAAUCAACGCGAUUAUAUAUUCUUCCGGCAUCACCGGUACAUCUUUGAAACCAAAGAGAGUAAGCAGAGUGAUUCAAAAGGUAAAAACAGAAAAGAUGGCAAGGGCGAGAAGAACACUCAACAGAAAGUGAUUGCACGCCUUCAGGAGUGUGGUCCUCGAUUCACACUGAAGUUGAGAAGUCUCCAACAUGAAACCUUUGAUACCAAGGGUGGUGAAUAUGAAUGGGUUCACAAGCCGGAAAUGGACACCAGCCGAAGAAGGUUUUUCUUGUGAGUUGCAUCAGAUUGUUUAUUUGUCUUGGGGUAGAAGCAAAUUUUGGUGCCUUUCGGGUUGGUACAUGAACAACUGAUGGAGAAUUGUGAUCAGUUUUGCCCAAUUGUUUAUUCAACUCUGGUGGAAUACUUGAAGAUUAUAUGAAUAUAUUUAUUAUUGGAUUA